GCAGUCGACUAUCCCCUACUCGCCACUGACAAGCAUCUCUCGGGUCCUUGGCCGCAAUAAUGUCUGGCCAGUUCUCUAGAUCCGUCAUCUCUCUUGCCAGCUCGGCGACGCACUUGCAUAGGAGGGCUGCAGAGCAGCAGGGAGGUUUGUUGAGUGGAGUGGACCCGACGCAGUUCACAAGCGCUGAUCCCAUACGACUAUGGAUCGUUCAAGUCGGCAUCAUCGUGUUAACUGCACAGCUCCUUAGCGUCGGGUUAAAGCGCCUCAAAGAACCCAAAGUCAUCUCGGAGGUCCUCGGUGGCAUCCUGCUUGGUCCAACGGCAUUUGGCCGCAUCCCAGGCUUCACGCAACACAUCUUCCCAGCGGAAUCCAUCCCCUAUCUCUCCCUCGUCGCCAACAUCGGUCUCGUUCUCUUUCUUUUUCUCGUCGGGCUCGAAAUCGAAACAGCAGUAAUCAAGAAAAAUGCACGUUACUCGAUGCCAAUCGCCCUCGCUGGGAUGGUGCUUCCAUUUGGUCUUGGAGCGGCACUAGCUUUACCAAUAUACCAUCGAUAUAUCAACGAGGAUGAGGUUUCGUAUACCCAUUUCAUGCUGUUUACUGGCGUUGCCUUUUCUAUCACUGCCUUUCCCGUACUUUGUCGGAUCCUCACUGAGCUGAAGCUCAUUGAUACGACUGUUGGUAUCGUGGUCCUUUCUGCGGGCGUUGGGAACGACAUCAUCGGAUGGACCCUUCUUGCGCUCUCUGUUGCACUCGUCAACGCCGCGUCUGGUCUUUCGGCACUUUGGAUUUUAUUGACGGCAGUGGCAUGGACGUUAUUCUUGCUUAUCCCCGUAAAACGCGCGUUCAAAUGGUUCGCCCAGCGUACAGGGUCCAUAGAGAACGGCCCGACAAUGAGCUUCAUGACUGCCACGAUCCUUAUGACCUUUGCAUCCGCGUUUUUCACCGAUAUUAUUGGUGUACAUGCUAUCUUUGGUGGUUUCUUGGCUGGGUUGGUUGUACCCCGUGAAGGUGGGCUGGCGAUUUUGUUGACCGAGAAGCUUGAGGAUAUGGUUUCGAUCAUCUUCCUUCCUCUAUAUUUUACGCUUUCUGGACUGUCGACAAAUCUAGGUCUGUUGGAUGAUGGUAUUACUUGGGGAUACACGAUUGCAAUUUGUUGUCUUGCGUACUUUGGCAAGUUCGGAGGAUGUUCUGUCGCUGCUAAACUUUGCGGAUUCAAGUGGAGAGAAGCGAGUACGAUUGGGUCUCUCAUGAGUUGCAAGGGACUUGUUGAGCUUAUCGUCCUAAAUAUCGGUUUAAAUGCCGGGAUCCUAACUCAGAGAGUCUUCUCGAUGUUUGUCUUUGAGGCGUUAGUCUUGACGUGCCUUACUACGCCUGUCGUUCAAGUUUUAUAUCCUCCAAGCAGAAGAACACGAGCCGUUGUAGCAGGCCCAGAUUACCUAGCGACGGGAGAAGAAAAUGGACCAGUGGUUCGUCCGAGUACAGAAAAAGGGGAUGACGUAUGGAAGACACGAUUCACCGUUGUUCUUGAUAGCCUCGAACAUCUUCCCGGGAUGAUGGCACUCACGCAACUCAUUCACCCUCCUCCUGGCGGAUAUGAUAACGAGAAAGAAAGGGAGAAAGAGGAGGAAGGGUUGGAGAGGAGGGGAAGUUCGUCAGGAAGUUCAAUUUCUCGUCGACCUGGAGCAAAGUCGAACGUUGUUAUUGACGCUUUAAGGCUUAUCGAACUCUCAGAUCGUACGUCGGCUGUGAUGAAGUCGACUUCGAUGGCCGAACAUCUCAUUCAUACGGAUCCGUUACUUAACGUAUUCAAGACCUUCGGCGAGCUGAACGAUCUGAGCAUCUCGUCUUCGAUUUCGGUUGUCACUUUUAGCGACCUUGCCUCCCGCGUAGCAGACCGUGCUCGAGAUCUUGGUUCGCAGCUUGUCUUAGUUCCUUGGCUUCCGCCUUCCGCUCCAAUGGCUACAAGUCCUACCGAGGCUCCUCCAACACCCGCAGCUCCCGUAACACCCUUCUUAAACCCGUUCGACAUGCUCUUCCGAACGCAAACAAGCGAGAAAUCCGCCUCUGUCGUCCACUCCCAUUUUAUCCGCGCAGUCUUCGCACAAUGUCAAACGGACGUCGCGCUGUACGUCGAUCGGACUAUGCCCUCGUCCUCGGACUAUUUUGGUGUAACUCCCACUACGGACGUGCAUAGUAAUCGAUUUGGGAGCAAGCAUCAUAUUUUGCUGCCGUUCUUUGGUGGACCUGAUGACCGACUUGCAUUGGAGUUUGUGGUGCAGCUGUGUGCGAAUCGGAAGAUUAGUGCGACUGUUGUGAGGAUGACGAAAAGUGAGACUGGGGCGGAGGUUACGAGGACGGGGGAGGAACUUGUGGGGAGGCCCGAGCCUGUGCACUCGCAUUCGUUCGUGCAUCGUCAUGGACAUGAUCAUGGUGGUAAUACGACGGGUGAAGAGGAUAAGGAUGCUGCUGCCGCUGCGGCGAAUAUUAGGGCGAAUGCUGUUACUAUUGGAUCUAUGACUGGAAUACCAGAUACAGUCUAUGGUGCAUUCACAACUCAAACGCGCUUACAAUCCGAAACGGCUGACAGCCUCGUCUGGGCACGUUACGCCUCUCCUUCACCUACCUCCGAACCCCUCCCAGAACGCGUCACAGACGCACUCCAGCGCGUUUCCUUCCGCGAACAAGUCUCUCCUACACCUCUACACUCACUCAUCGACGUAGUGACUUCGCAACUUACGCGAGCGAACUCGCAUGGUAGGAGACUUGUUGUUGUGUUGGGGAGGUCGAGGAGGUUAGCUGUGGAAGAUCAUACGAAGGAGUUGAGGAAGCUGGUUGAGGAGAUGCAUGGAGGUGGGAGCGUUGGUGGGGAGGUGAGGAAGACAAUUGGGGAUGUUGCGAGUGCGCUUGUGGUUAGUGGGUGUGAUGUUGGGAUUGUGGUUAUGCAGGCUGCGAAUCGGAGUGUGGAGGCGUAGAGUGACGGUAGAGGGUUUACUUUACAGAUAUACCUUGACUUUGCGAUCUUGCGACUUUGCAACGUACAUUUCAACAUGUACAUACAUGCCUGCAUACAUUCAUACAUUGCGACAUGACAUGACGAUCUUAUAUAUUAUAUUCUUUGUACACACCUUCUCUGUAUCUCUUGUAUUGGC